AUGCCCUCCUCAUUGCUCAAAAAGACGACCCUCCCUACCCUGUACCACUCAUUACCCUGCUGCUGUAGCAGAACUUCUCCGUCCCCACGAAAACGAGUCAAAUCGGAUCAGGGCGCGGCACCGCGGGUCACGCAACGGAGAUGCUACGCCGAUGUGAAGCGGGGCUACGAAUUCCGCGACAACACGAACUGGCCGUGUCGACACGUCAAAAGCUCGCCGUCGUGGACACCUUCGCCGUAUGAGAUCUUUGACUUGGCCAAGGAUGGGACGUAUACCAAGCACAAAUUCUACGAACUGGUCAAGAUAUACCAUCCGGACAGACACAGUCACAUGUCCUUGGAGGGAAUCACGCACCAUGAGAGGCUGGAGCGAUACCGUCUCGUGGUCCAGGCUCAUGAGAUCCUCUCUGAUCCGGACAAACGACGGGCGUACGAUGCCGCUGGCGUAGGCUGGGGGAGUAGUCGAGUUGCCACCAGGUACUCUCGAGGCUUUUCCAACGGCCACGGCAAGACAUACGGCUACGGUCCCAAUGACGACUCGUCGAUAUUCCAGAAUGCGACAUGGGAGGACUGGGAGCGGUGGUAUCGGCGGCACGACAACCCCAACAAGCAGGAAUACUCGGGCACGUUUGUCCAUCCGAACGCCUUUGCGUCCUUUGUCAUCCUCCUCGCCGUCAUUUCUGGAGUCUUCCAAGCCACUCGAGCAGGCCAAUAUUCCGGGCAGCUGGAAGAAAAGGUCCGAGAACACACGGCGGAGACGAGGAAUUUCCUGGACGCCAGGGAGAACCACUACCAACAACAUCAACUCGGCGUCGACGGGCGAAUCAAACACUUCCUGGAGAAACGUGAUCCGUCAAAGUAUGGGUUGAAAGACGAAGAGGAAGAAGUAUACCGCAGUCACUUUUCGAAUUCGGGGGUUAUGGCACCCAAACCUCGUUUGAAAACCCCCGAUGCUGCGUAA